UGACCACGAGUUCAGAUUACAACCAGUGUGUGAGAAGUUCCACCAAAGGCUCUACUAUGGCGGAAUCUUUAGAGCAGAUGCCGAAAUCUGAUACUAUAAGGCUUCGUGAUCGUCACAUUGGACAAUCGUGCAAGUUAUUUUACAAGUCGAAUCCACUAAAAAUAGUGAGGGCCGAAGGACAAUACAUGUACGAUGAGAAGAACAACCGAUACUUGGACUGCAUAAAUAAUGUCGCGCAUGUUGGGCACUGCCAUCCGGAUGUCGUGCGAGCCGGACAGGAACAGAUGGCCUUACUGUCCACGAACAAUCGUUUCCUUCACGAUAACCUGGUGAUAUGCGCGAGUCGACUGGCCUCGCUUCUGCCGGAGCCGCUGUCCGUUUGCUUCCUGGUGAACUCCGGCAGCGAAGCUAACGAUCUUGCUCUUCGUCUCGCUCAGACGCACACGAAGAACAAGGAUGUCAUCACGCUGGAUCACGCUUAUCACGGACAUUUGACCACGACAAUCGAUAUCUCGCCGUACAAAUUCAAGAAGCCUAACGGCACCGGCAAGAAGGAUUGGGUGCACGUGGCUCCUUGUCCGGACGUGUAUCGCGGAAAAUAUCGCGCCAUCGACUACGCCGACGAGGAUCUAGGAGUUAAAUACGCCGAGGAUGUAAAGCAAAUCUGCAAAGACAUCAAGGCUGAAGGACGUGGAGUUUGCGCCUACAUCGCGGAAAGUCUUAUAUCGGUCGGCGGACAGAUUUUGCCACCACAGAAUUAUUUCAAAAAUGUAUACAGACACGUACGCGAAGCGGGAGGAGUCUGUAUUGCGGAUGAGGUUCAAGUCGGUUUCGGAAGAGUCGGCACUCACAUGUGGGCCUUUCAAUUGUACGGCGAGGACGUUGUGCCGGAUAUAGUCACGAUGGGCAAACCCAUGGGCAACGGCCAUCCCGUUGCGGCCGUCAUUACAACGCCAGAAAUCGCGGGCAGUUUCCGCGAUACUGGAAUCGAAUACUUCAAUACGUACGGGGGCAAUCCCGUGUCCUGCGCGGUGGCGAACGCGGUGAUGGAGGUCAUAGAACGUGAGGGCCUUCAGGAGAACGCCUUGAAAGUCGGCAAUCAUCUGAUGGCAGAACUGAAGAAAUUAGCGAAACGACGGAAGAUCAUCGGCGACUUGCGCGGCGCUGGAUUGUUCGUAGGCAUCGAAUUGGUGCGCGAUAGAAUUAAGAGGAUACCAGCGACAGCGGAGGCGAAGCACGUGGUAUCCAGGAUGAAGGACAAGAAGAUUCUCGUCAGCAGCGACGGGCCUGACAACAACGUUUUAAAACUAAAGCCGCCCAUGGUAUUCACACUCGAGAAUGCUAAUCAUUUCGUUUCCGUUCUCGAUGAAGUGCUCGAAGAACUGCAAGUCGAUACUCAGGGCGAAAACGCGAUAAAUAGCAAGAGCAUUCAGGUUCCUAGCGACGAGUCCUUUGCCGCCACGUUUAAAGCCAUGGAGGACUCCGUCAGUGGCAAAUGCGAGGUUCUCUAUGAGAUUACGCCGUUGACCGUAAACGAAAUACAAGCGAAGCAAGAUAGAAUACCAAUGCCGUCUUUACACAGUGACGGUAAUCAUUAUGAAGUUAAAAAGUUGAAGAAUUAUGAGAGGUGCCAGGAGCGACAGCUUUAUCAUUACGGCUUCGACAUUAAAUCGGCGGGAAAGAAAUGGGCCGGACAAGAUAAAGUCAUUUCGCAAUUAUCCGUGACUGAAAUGGUUAUCUCAGGCGACUUGAAACGUUUCACUAUUCAAUCGACUGAGAUGAAGAAUGAGAUAGCUGUCCAACCUGAAACAUCUGAUUCUCCCAUUGGCAAUGUCUACACCAUAACAAGAUUAACUUUGAAAAAGAAGAACUCGAUUUCUAACUCUUGGUUUGGACCACACGAAAUAAGCAACCUCGAAUCAACCGGAAACCUCGUAUACACAUUCAAUAACCCUUUCUCUGACUCUGACAACCGAAGAGUGCGUCACCAUAGCGUUAGCCAAAAUUCCGAGCAAGAAAAUUCUUCAGAAUCUAGCAAAAGCUCUUCCCAAAGCUCCAGCUCCAGUUCCUCAGCCAGUAGCUCCAGCAGCUCCAGCAGCUCCAGCAGCUCUAGUAGCUCCAGUAGUUCUAGCAGCUCCAGCAGCUCAAGCAGCGAGGAAGAAAAUGAAAAUGUCGUGCAAACUAAAGCGGCAUUACAGAACAUUUUCCUGGCUCCCAACAUCCCGCUGUUACCCUAUUUCAUCGGCUACAAAGGAAAGACGAUCUUGAAGUCUGAUAAGCAAAACGUUAUGCAAUUUGCCAAGAACCUAAUUUCUGAAAUAGCUGAAGAAGUACAGAUUACUUCUGAGGGAUAUGAAGCUACAAUGGAAAAAUAUACAAUUCUGAAGAAACUCCUUCGCACCAUGAAUCGCAAGCAGUACGCUGAGUUAGAACAAUAUGUACUCCAAUUUAAUAAAGGAUCAGAUUCCCGCGCAAAUGCUUGGACCACCUUCCGCGAUGCUGUCUUACAUGCCGGAACUGGACCUGCUUACGUCACUAUCGAGAAUUGGAUAAAGAGUGGGCAAGUUAAAGGCGCAGAGGCGGCACGACUCCUCUCUCAACUUCCCAAGAACGUAUAUUUACCGACGCCGAAUUAUGUUCAAGCAUUCUUCGAACUGAUCAAGAGUCCAAUGGUAACUCAGCAAGAAUACGUAAAUGUGUCCGCGCCUAUAGCACUUGCCGAAUUGCUCCGUAACAGUUAUAUCGGCCAAAAUUACUAUCCGAUAUACAGUUUCGGCUUUAUAACUCUGAAGAAAAACGAUGAGGUAGUUGGCAAAUAUAUCAACUACCUGGCUAAUCAACUGCAACAAGGCUACCAAGAAAACAACAGCCGAAAAAUUCAGACGUACAUCUUUGCACUUGGUGUCACUGCCCAUCCGAAGAUUAUCUCAGUCUUUGAGCCAUACUUAGAACACAGCCUGCCGGCGUCAACGUACCAACGUACACUCAUGGUAGCUGCCCUGUCUGAUCUAGCCAAAGUUCAACCAAAAUUAGUUGGACCGAUUUUCUAUAAGCUCUACUUGAACGAAAACGAGGCUCACGAAGUUCGUGCUAUGGCAGUACAUGAAUUUAUCUUGACCGACCCACCUAUGAUUACGUUGCAACGCAUAGCGAAAAACACUAACUACGAUACGAGCAAACAGGUGAACGCUGUCGUAAAGAGCACGCUAGAGAGUCUCGUUCAUACGAAGCGAUCAGAAUGGCGACAUCUUGCUAACAAGGCACGCAAUGUUAGGUAUCUAGUGACUUCAAAUAAUUAUGGCAACUGGCAUUCGAGUGGCUACCAUCUAGACUUCCAAGAUUGGCUUGUUAACGGACUUUCUCUGCAAACCAUUGCUGGUGACGAUCUAAUACCGAAAUAUGUAUAUGUCGGUGUAAAUAGCGUUUUCGAUUUCCUUGAUCAGCCCUCCGUGGAAGCAGGAUACGGGCUUUCGAGUCACAGGCAGUUUUUCAAUGAAAUCAGUAAGCAGUGGUACUCUCAUCAAGCCGACGAAAUGAGCGACGAAAGGUCACGCGUUGAGAAGCUAGCGCAAGCACUUCAAAUCAAGGCCAAAGAGCAGAAUAAUUUGGAAGGACAUUUCUUGUUUAACUCGGUAUACGAUUCGGCGUUCUAUCCUUACGACAGACACAGAAUUAGAGAGGCUGUUGCUGCGCUGAAACAAUUCCUGAAUGGAAACAACAAACUGGAAGGAUCUGCAUUCAACAAUUAUGAAAACAUAAUGAGCUUUGCGAAUGAAGACGGUCUGCCGUUUGUCUAUACUUUGGAUGCGCCAACAUUUACAAAAGCUAAAGUUAAUUUCAAACAAGGAGGACGCACCGCGAACAGUGGCACUUUCCAAGCGUUAAUCGCCAAUAAUGUACAGCAACAAUUUGGUUUUGUAGCACUUUUCGAACAUCAGAAAUACCUUGCUGGUAUCAACAACAAUCGAGUGCUGCGUGUACCUGUGGAGUAUGACGUCGAAUUCAAUUCGAACAACGCGAAAAACUUUGCGUUGAAGAUUCGUCCGCAGAACUUACCUCGAAUGGGUAAUGAACUCAAACUGUUGCACUACAGCGUCGUUCCCUUCACCACGCAACAAGACCUCCUUGAUCUUAAACCUACAUCAAAUGACAAAAAUACGCGUCCUGUAUUCACUUCACCAGUAUACAAAACCACGGUACAAAAAGAUACAUUUUCCAUCAAGGUAGAAUCUGAUAGUAUUGGAAAAGAAUCUGACACGGAAAGUUUUGUUGCGGACGUCUUGAGAUUAACAAAUGCUAAUGACGAUCAUUAUACCAAGAUAAGCACAAUAUUAACUUCUGAUCAGAUACAAAAAUCUGAGGGACACAUCACCAUGACGUAUGAUACGGUGACAAUUGGCGGUAAUAAUGAUAACUCCGGACAAUCGAGCGAAGAGAUGGAAAGCCUUCAUUCCAUAAGCUGGAAAUCAAACAGUAAGGAGAGAAGGAAACAGAUUGCAAAUAACCUUAGCAAAGGUAUCAAGUCAGGCGAAGUCUAUAUAUUUGACGUAAGUUACAGCGUCCCAAUGUUACAUGAGAAUGAGUAUGUUUUUACCUUCGGUGGAAUGAAGAGCAAUUCAAAUCAGAAGUUAAGAGGUUACUUUUAUUGGAAUUCUCAUGCGCCGCAAGAGGUGAACUAUGAAGUUUGUUUCUCACAUGAAAUGCAAUAUGCACCACGUGCUACUCCUCUCAAUUUCAAAUACGCCCUUAAGAACUCACCAAGAGAUGAAUACAAGGCUGUAUUGAAAUAUGGAAAGACCUGCGCUACAGGAAAUAAAGUUGUUAUCACCGGAAGCUCGUCGCAAAGUCAACAACUGAGGGAUAUAAUAGAGAACUCCAGCUUCACCAAACAAUGUCUGGAAGAGAUUCAAACGGGAAACAAAGCAGUGGAAAAUUGCAUGAAGGCCAAUGACAUCGCCCAAAUGAGAGAUCAGAUAGAUGUUCAAUUUGACCUAUCCAACAUUGUUCCUGAAUCCGUCCGAAGAUAUGCUAAGAAGAUUAUUGAAUAUUUAGAAAAAUACGUCUCCAAAGUUUGUGACAAUGUAUCACGUGAGGAAGAAUCCGAAGAAAACACAAUCAAAAAUACACUGCUGUUUGCAUCACCAGUCAACAGAAUGUGGCCCAACUGGCUUCCGCAAUCAGUGAGCGAUAUUACUUCUGGUUGGUCUCCCUCAUUUAAUUCCUUUGGACCAAGUUCGGAAUCACAGUGGCAAACAAUGAGACUAAAUGUAGCUGACUAUCCGGAUGAAUUUGAAUCAGAAAAACAAUCAUGCACUCUCGAUAAAGACAAGGUUUAUACUUUUGAUAACCAGCUCUAUAAUGUGCACCUAGGAAAAUGUAAACACGUGCUUUUGACCACUUAUCCGCAAGAUUUCCAUAAUCGCAGAAAUUAUAUUCCGGAAAACUCGAAAGUGGCUAUCUUAGCUGAAGAUGCGGACAAUGACAGCAGGAAUGUUUAUAUAUGGUUGGGCAAACAAGAAAUUAAACUAAAGAAAGCGGGUAAUAAUGUACAAGCUGUAGUAAACGGACAGAAUGUCGAGAUAUCGGACAAAGGCUAUCAAAAGAUUAAUGGAAAUGAAAUCACUUUCGAAAUCCUGAGCCUACCGGACGACUCCCUGUCUGUCGUUUCGGAGAAGUAUGGAAUUAAUGCCGUGUACGAUGGAAAACGCGUUGUAAUAAGUGCAAGUGAUGCAUAUCGCAAUGCCGUACGUGGUCUCUGCGGUAACUUCGACUCCAGGCCCAACACCGAUUUCGUCACUCCUAAGAACUGUCUCUUGACGAAACCGGAAGAAUUUGCCGCUACCUACGCUAUGACUCAAGAAAAUUGCCAAGGACCUGCUCCGGAAAACAAACGAAGAGCCGAACAAUCCACGUGCCAUGAAUUUCCAGAGAAUGAACAGAUGAACGUUAUUAGCGAUAGAGAAGCGGGUAGAAUGAUGACAGAGGGCGUAAAUUGGGGCUACCACCAGGCUAACCGCAAUAAAGAACAUGGACGAGGUAAUAAAAGCCAUCAAAAUAAUAAGAAACAGUAUCAGGCAAACUCGCAAGAGAGUGGAUCAAGCGAGAGCCGAAACGAUAAGAAGAAACACAACAUUGUCUAUCGCACAAGAGUUGUAGAAGAGGGUGACGAAAUCUGUUUCACUACUACACCUCUGCCAGCAUGCCGCCAAGGUGCCAGGCCCACGGAAAGAUAUCCGAAGAAGGCUGAUCUUUAUUGCAUGCCGAGGAACGAUCAAUCUUUGGAUCUCAAACGUAGGGUCGAGGAUGGCGCUAAUCCAGAUUUUACUCGGAAGUCUGUCAGCAGAAUGCAAGUCUUCCAAGUUCCUGUCUCUUGCAGCGCCGCAUGAUCCGGCUAUACCGAAACGAUAUACUAACUGCGCAUACUUAAUUGAUAUAAAUGAUUCUUUCUUUUUUUUAGUCUUUUUUUUUAAAGCUGCAAAUAUGUUGUUUUGUAAUUGCAGUAAGCAAUAAUAAAGUUGAAGCUUUUCAACAUAA